GGCCUGAGGAUGGUGGGGGGACUGCAUUCAGUUUCAGAUAUGUGGCCAAGAGACUGGCGCAGACAUGCCAGUUCUGUUGAUAUUCCCAAAGCUCCCAAGCUGGUUUGUAUCUGCUGCCACCACCACACUUAGCUAAUUACCUUGAAGUUUGGACUUAUUUGGAUGGAGACUAACAGAAAAUAGAUUUUUCUCCGACAUAAAAUACUUAUGAGCUUUUGAGAGACUGCAUCAUGGAAACUCUCUCUGAAGCAAAUGGCACCUUUGCCAUUCACCUUUUAAAGAUCCUAUGUCAAGACAACCCUUCACGCAACGUGUUUUAUUCCCCUGUGAGCAUCUCCUCUGCCCUCGCCAUGGUCCUCCUAGGGGCAAAGGGAAACACAGCAGCCCAGAUGGCCCAGGUGCUUUCUUUGAAUACUGAGGAAGACGUUCAUCUGGGUUUCCAGUCCCUUUUGGCUGAAGUGAAUAGGCCUGGCACGCAGUACCUGCUCAAGAUGGCCAACAGGCUCUUUGCAGAGAAGACUUGCAAAUUCUUCUCAGCAUUUAAGGAGUCCUGUCUUCAGUUCUACCGUGCUGAGCUAGAGCAGCUUUCCUUUGCCAAAGCUGCCGAAGAGUCCAGGAAACACAUCAACACUUGGGUAUCAAAAAAGACUGAAGGUAAAAUUCAAGAGUUGUUACCAGUUAACUCGAUUGAUGCAGAGACCAGGCUGGUUCUUGUCAAUACCAUCUACUUCAAAGGAAAGUGGAAUGAACAGUUUGACAAGACAUACACAAGGAAAAUACCUUUUAAAAUAAACCAGAAGGAGCAGAGACCAGUGCAGAUGAUGUAUCAGGAGGCCACAUUGAGGCUGGCCCACCUGGAUGAGCUGCGCGCACAGGUGUUGGAGUUGCCCUACGCUGGCCAGGAGCUGAGCAUGCUGGUGCUGCUGCCUGAUGACGAUGUGGAGCUCAGCAUGGUGGAAAAAAAUCUCACUUUUGAGAAGUUCACAGCCUGGACCAAGCCAGACUGUAUGAAGAGUACCGAAGUGGAAGUUCUCCUUCCAACUUUUAAACUGCAAGAGGAUUAUGACAUGGGGUCUGUGCUUCAGCGUUUGGGCCUGGUUGAUCUCUUCCAACAGGAUAAGGCUGACUUGUCGGCCAUGUCAGCUGAGAGGGACCUGUGUCUGUCCAAGUUUGUGCACCAGAGUUCUGUGGAGGUGAAUGAAGAAGGCUCUGAGGCGGCGGCAGCCUCGGCCAUAUUGGUUGUAGAGUGCUGUGCGAUAAUCGGCCCAAGGUUCUGUGCCGACCAUCCCUUCCUUUUCUUCAUCAGGCACAACAGAACCAACAGCCUUCUGUUCUGUGGCAGGUUUUCAUCUCCAUAAGGGCUGCGCUUACUGUACCCAUGAGCAUUUCACCUUUUCUGCACCACCGAGUCACCCCUACAGCUUCAUGAGGAUAGGCCUAGAAAGCCAAGUGCAGAGAUGAGGGUAGAUUCCUCACCCGUCGGAAUAAUUUGUCCGCAUGAUUUCAUGUUGCUCUGUACUUUCCCAUACAGGUUGCUCACUUAUGCUACUAAACCAAGAUCGUGGGAGAACAGACCUAAUGAUCCCUUGUUGUUUUUAAGUUGCAGUCCAAAUCCCAUAGGAUGGCAUGCAAAGUUUUUCUAGACUCCUACAUGCAAUUCAUUCUGAUUCGUGUGCCUUCGUGGACCUCAAAUCUUUUCACAUACUUGCCUUAACCUGAAGGUCUCAAUACUAAUCAAUGUUGCUAGAUAUGUUACUACUAUAUUAUAGUUUUCCUGAUGCUUGGACUUUAAAAAAAUGUUCCCUUU